AUGGCCUCCUGUUCCACCAGUCAUAUUCCCAGGACAGUUAUCCCCAGAUACACCAGUCAUAUUCCCAGGACAGUUAUCCCCAGUUACACCAGUCAUAUUCCCAGGACAGUUAUCCCCAGUUACACCAGUCAUAUUCCCAGGACAGUUAUCCCAGUUCCACCAGUCAUAUUCCCAGGACAGUUAUCCCCAGUUACACCAGUCAUAUUCCCAGGACAGUUAUCCCCAGUUACACCAGUCAUAUUCCCAGGACAGUUAUCCCAGUUCCACCAGUCAUAUUCCCAGGACAGUUAUCCCCAGUUACACCAGUCAUAUUCCCAGGACAGUUAUCCCCAGUUACACCAGUCAUAUUCCCAGGACAGUUAUCCCAGUUACACCAGUCAUAUUCCCAGGACAGUUAUCCCCAGUUACACCAGUCAUAUUCCCAGGACAGUUAUCCCCAGUUACACCAGUCAUAUUCCCAGGACAGUUAUCCCCAGUUACACCAGUCAUAUUCCCAGGACAGUUAUCCCCAGUUACACCAGUCAUAUUCCCAGGACAGUUAUCCCAGUUACACCAGUCAUAUUCCCAGGACAGUUAUCCCCAGUUACACCAGUCAUAUUCCCAGGACAGUUAUCCCCAGUUACACCAGUCAUAUUCCCAGGACAGUUAUCCCCAGUUACACCAGUCAUAUUCCCAGGACAGUUAUCCCCAGUUACACCAGUCAUAUUCCCAGGACAGUUAUCCCCAGUUACACCAGUCAUAUUCCCAGGACAGUUAUCCCCAGUUACACCAGUCAUAUUCCCAGGACAGUUAUCCCAGUUACACCAGUCAUAUUCCCAGGACAGUUAUCCCCAGUUACACCAGUCAUAUUCCCAGGACAGUUAUCCCCAGUUACACCAGUCAUAUUCCCAGGACAGUUAUCCCCAGUUACACCAGUCAUAUUCCCAGGACAGUUAUCCCCAGUUACACCAGUCAUAUUCCCAGGACAGUUAUCCCCAGUUACACCAGUCAUAUUCCCAGGACAGUUAUCCCCAGUUACACCAGUCAUAUUCCCAGGACAGUUAUCCCCAGAUAACAUUGUUUAUCUGAGAACAGCUUCCAUUGUCAACCCAGUACAUUCCAGUGAAAAUAUCCACAUCCAAGCUUUGCAUUGUCUCUUAGAAAUAGAUGGCCUCAAGCACCAUUUUGGGCCAAUAAGAUUUCAGUUCUAUUCUCA